AUGUAUUAUCAAAAACUUGAUUAUCCUUGUACCCCCAAAACAUGGAAUAUUUCGGAUGAUUUGGGUCAAAUAGAAUACAUAUUUUCUGAUAAAACUGGUACCCUUACACAAAAUGUCAUGGAAUUUCGUAAAUGUACCAUUAAUGGUGUACCUUAUGGAAAAGGCGAGACGGAUACCACCCGUAGUGCUAAAUUGCAAGAACAAGUUGAUAAUGAGAAUUCUUCGAAUGCGGUUGAUCUUGUGGCAGAAAAGCAAUUAAUGUUGAAAGAAAUGUCCAUGCUAUUUGAUAACCCUUAUAUGUCAUCAAAUCUUACUUUUAUUGACUCUAAUCUGUUUUGUGAUCUCAGAGCAGAUGAUAAACAAUCUAAAGCCAUACAGGACUUUUUUUCUGCUCUUGCUCUUUGUCAUACGGUCCUUGUUGAACAUCCCGAUGAAAAUAAUCCUUACAAUAUUGAAUACAAAGCACAGUCACCUGACGAAGCCGCGUUGGUUGGUUGCGCUCGAGAUGUGGGCUUUGUAUUCAUUGAACGCCAUCAAGAUACUCUAACGAUAGAGUUACUUGGUGAACGCAAGGAAUUUACAUUAUUAAAUGUACUUGAAUUCAAUAGUACAAGAAAACGAAUGUCUGUUAUUUUGAGGUCACCCGAAGGUAGUGUGAUCCUUUUAUGUAAAGGUGCUGAUAGUGUAAUAUAUGAAAGAUUAGAAGAAGGUAAUCAAGAUCAAUUGAAAGAAGAUACAACGGUGGAUUUACAAAAUUUUGCUAAUGAAGGCCUUCGAACACUUUGCGUAGCAUAUCGUGUAAUACCUGAUGAAGAAUACAAUGUUUGGGCUCGGAAUUAUGCUGAAGCCUCUUCAAGCAUUAAUGAUCGUGAAGAAAAGAUCGAGCAAGCUUGCGAAUUAAUAGAACAUUCUUUGGUAUUAAUGGGUGGAACAGCUAUCGAAGAUCGCCUUCAAGAAGGUGUACCAGAAUGUAUAGCCACUUUAUCAACUGCUGGUAUUAAAAUUUGGGUGCUUACGGGCGACAAAACAGAAACUGCUAUCAAUAUUGGUUUCUCAUGCAAUCUAUUGCAGAAGGAUAUGCUUUUGAUCAUUAUUAGUGCAUCAGAUAAAGAAAGUACUCGUAAUCAAUUAAAGGAAGCUAUUGAUAAGUUCUUUGGACCUAACGUUGAAGCUUGCAACAAAAGUAAUAAACAUGCUCUAAUAAUUGAUGGUGAAACUCUUAAAUACGCUUUGGACCAAUCUCUAAAACAUUUGCUAUUGGAUAUCGGAAAAAGAUGUAAUAGUGUUGUAUGCUGUCGUGUUAGUCCAUUACAAAAAGCAAAGGUUGUAGCUUUAGUAAAGGAAGGAUUGAACGUAAUGACUUUAUCUAUUGGUGAUGGUGCAAACGAUGUGAGUAUGAUCCAAGAAGCAAAUGUCGGUAUUGGGAUUGCGGGUGAAGAAGGUCGUCAAGCUGUAAUGGCAGCAGAUUAUGCUUUUGCCCAAUUUCGAUUCUUAGAUAAACUUUUACUAGUUCAUGGUCGUUGGUCUUAUAUCCGAAUCGCUGAAAUGAUAUCUUGCUUCUUCUAUAAAAAUAUCGUUUGGACAAUCGCAAUGUUUUGGUAUCAAAUUUGGGCAGGAUUUACUGCACAAUAUUUAUAUGAUUAUACAUAUAUUUUACUCUAUAAUCUUGCUUUCACGGCUUUUCCUGUUAUGUAUCUUGGUGCCUUUGAUCAAGAUGUUGAUGCUAAAACUUCGCUAAAAAAUCCUCCAUUAUAUAAGCGAGGUAUAUUACAACGAGAUUUUACAAAGUCAAAAUUUUGGCUUUAUGUUUUAGAUUCCGUUUAUCAGUCAGCCAUUUGUUUCUUUGUUCCUUUCGGUCUAUUUCAACAUGGAACAUCUCAUGCUAAUGGAUUGCAAAACAAUGGCUUAAGUGAUCUCGGAACAUUAGUAGCUGGAUCUGUCGUAGUCACCACGAAUUUGUAUGUGGGUUUGAACACUAUGAAUUGGUCAUGGUUAUGUUUUGUAGUGAUUAGUCUUAGUAUCCUUUCAUUUUAUGCAUGGGUAGAAUUGUAUUCUCUUUGGUAUAUUGGAUUCUUUAGAAUGGACCUUAUAUUAUAUACUGAAAUUGAUUUCUGGUUAACGGUUGGGUUAUGUGUCAUACUUAGUAUUUUACCCCGAUAUGCAGUAAAGUAUAUUCAUAAGACAUAUUGGCCGAGCGAUAUGGACAUUGUCCGCGAACAAGUUCAUAACACCAAGAAAAUAAAGAACCGAGAAUGUGAAGAAAAUGAUGAUAAUAUAUUCGGUAACACAGGCGUAUUUUUAAAUGAUGAAAAUGAUUAUGAUAGUGUCACGGUAGUUGACGUACAUAGCGAUAUGGACGAGGAUAUACAUAAUGACAAUUCUUCUACAAACGUUCCUCUAGUAACAUUAGAUACGCCAACAAAACCACGUUCUAUGUCAAAAUUACCAAAAUUACCAAAGAUCUCCUCAUUAAAAAAAACUCGCAAGGAUUCCAUACGAUCAACGGAACAGCUUUGCCAUAUGAACUCAGGAAAACGUCAAUCAUUCACAGGGUUUGCUUUUUCUGGUGAAGAAAGCGCUUUUGAAGGAUUUCGGCGAUCAGUAUAUCAACCAAAACAAAAGCGCACCACAGGUCUACGCUCUAAUACUUUUACAUCACCAUCGAACAAAGAUAAAGAGAAAUCAUUUCUGUCAGUAUUAAGUCGUAGUCGGACGUUACCUACAGCGUUGUUUCGACGUUUGUCACCAAGUCCUAGUCGGGCAACAUCUCCAAAUAGAUUGAAUAAUGAUGAAAAUGGUCAAAAUGUUCGACGAAGGGGAAAUAGUAGUAAUGAAGAAGUUGAGCUUUCCGUCAUCUUGCCAUCAUGA